AUGAAAAACAAUUCUGUCAAAUUUAAGCAAAAUGUACCAAAGUCUUCAACAACCUCGAUUAUUUCAGAAUUCUCUUGUGAUGAAUCACCAAUGCCAAAUUCAUUUCAAUUUUAAAGUUUCACCCAUGCUUAAACAAUUUCAGCAAAACUCAACAAAAAUUCAGUCUAUAAUGAAUAGAAUAUUAUGUUUAACACACCCAGGAAUUUAGCAGUUCCUUAUUAAGAAAUUGUAAAGCAUUUAAAAUAAUAUAUUAUUAGGAGAAAGAUGAAGUACUUUCUAAAACACCAGUUAAUAAAUAACUCUUAAGUGGAACCAAAUAUAACAAUUCUGUAUAUAAGGAACCAGCAACAUUUUCAGAAGCAUUGAUAAUAUAAUCAAAAUAUACUGAGGAAAGUUUAAAGAAAAUCUAGAAAUUAGAGAAGUUUUUAGAGAAGACAAAAUAAAAGUAUUAAAAGCCUAUUAAUAUUUUAUCUUCUGAUGAAUCACCAUCUAAAUCUAUAUCUCAUAUUCGGAUUUAGGGAUUAACAACAACAACAUAAGAAGGAUAAGAAAAUUAAUUAGAUCCUAAGAUAAAUAAGAAAGUUAAUAGAUUGAUUGAUGAAUUAAGGAUAAUUCGAAAAGUAAAUGAAUAUUAUGAUUUUAGAACAUCCAAUAUUUUUCAGCAUUUGAUGGAACUUAUGCUUAAAGUAGAAAAAUGUAAAAUAAUUUCAUUUCUUUAAAAUAAUAAAAUGGAAUAAUAAUAAAUAAUGGGACUCAUUUGACAAGAUUAGAAUUAAUAAAUGAUACAUUUUCUAGUGAGAAAAUAUGUAAUAUUAAUGAUAAGAAUUCAAAAUUUAUAUCAUUUUGUAUUUGUGAUAAAAAUAUAUCUAAUGAUAUGUUAAUUACUGGUACUGAUUAAGGUAAUAUUAUGGGUUGGAAUUUAUUUAAAAAUCAAGCUUAUCAUUAUUAUGGAUUAAACAAUUAAUAUAAUUGUAAUAUGUAGGAACAUUCAUAACCAACAUUCAUAACAUAAUAAUUAAACAAUAUAUAUGUAGGAUAUAAUAAUGUAAGUUAUUUGUAUUUAUUAAUUUAAGGAAUUGUUGAUACUUGAUGAAAGAAUGAACGAAAGAAAAUGUUUUUAAUUAUAAAUGUAGAAACAAUAAUUAAAUGGUAUUCAAGCAAACUAAAUAUUAUCACCUUUGUUACCUAAAUUUGGAUCCACAAUAAUUGAAAGUCCUUAAUUUAAUCCUAAAGAUCCAAAUCUAUUUAAUUUAACAAGUUUUAAAUUAGAUGAAGAAUAAGAUUAAAUUAAGGAUGAUUUUAUUGAGCAACUCCCAAGUUUUAAAUAAAUAUAAGAUUCAAAAUCUGAAUAUAUUUAACACAUUGAUGUUCAUGAUUAUAAUGUUGUAGUGACAAUGACAAAUGGAUUUAUUCACUUAGAUAUGAGAAAUCCAACCAUUGCUCAAUUCAGUUUCUAAGAAAAUGAAUAGUAGGCUUUAAAGGCCAUGUUUACUCCUGGAAAUUCUAAUAAUAUCAUUUAUGCAAAGUAGAAUUCAAAUAGAUGUUUACUUUGGAAUAUAUCAAAGAAUUAAUUGCUUUUUGAUAAAGAACUAUAGAGUAAUCCUUUGGAUAUGACUAUUGCUCAUGAAACUAAAGAGAUUCUGUUUUUGCAUUAAGAUUAUAAUGAUUCCAUCAUUAAAAUUUACAAUAAUUCCUCUUCAAAGUUAAAAUAUUGUGAUGAGUUAAUAAUUCCUAAUUUUAAUGUUUAAAAGAUUCUUUUAAACUAUUAAUGUGACAAUUUGUAUGGAAUUGGUCCUUACUCUUUGAGAACAUGGAAUUAUUAUCAAAAAAAAGAAAUCGAUUUGAUCCGUGAAGAAAUGCUACAUUAAUUAGAAUUACUUAUAUGA